AUGGAAUUUAUUUGACCCACAUUGAGAAGUUGUAGAUUUGAGUUCUUCUCCGUGAAAAAAGAGGUAAGUUUAUGGACAUUUCUUUGAAUGCAGGUGCCGAAAUUACGCCAGAGUCUUCACUGUUUAGUAAUUGACUUCCUUUUGAGGCUCUCCAUAAAUUAACAACCAUAGCGUCCAGGUUAAGUAAUAGUUGCACCCUAUCUAGAUAUCAGAAAUGGAGAAGAAACCUAAAGAACCCAAAACGCCAUUGACAGGCUUUGCAUCAAUAAACGAAGACCUUGUUCAAAACAUUCUAAAGAGAACACCAGCUACAUCCUUCGCAUCAGCAGCUUGUGUUAGCAAAUCAUGGAACCACAAUUGCAAUCAAAUCCUCUCCAAACCAAAGCUUGCUUCUGCCUUUUCUCUCAACCCAGACCCAAAGGUUGCAUUACAAGAGGUUUUGAGUAAGGUUCUCUCCGAGCCAAUCAGACCCCAGUUUGCCAUUGCAAAUGUUAUUGAGAGUGGUGUUGAAUAUUUGAAUGAAACACUCUAUUUAUUAGCGGCAAAACUUGGUUCAAAAACUCCGAUUAUAGUGUCCUGCACCAAUGGAAUCAUAGGAAGAGAUGCUGUUACUGGUGAACAUAAAGAGGCUAUGUUGGAAGAUUUUUGGGUUGAUGCUGCAUCAAAAAAUUCAGGCUUUGGUAUGCUGUUGACAGUGGGGUAUUUACCAGGACUCAAAGUCGAAGCCCUUCCACUGUUAAGGCCAAGAAAGGCUGGUCCAGUGGCAAUGAUUGAUAACUUUGUGAUGGAUAUCAAGAAUUAUUCAGCUUCUGUUUCUGGUUCCACAUCACCAGCUCUGAUUAUAAUGUUUGGAGGUGAAGAGGCUGACCUCAAACCUGUCAUGGAAAAGUUGGAUCAUGCCAUGUCAAGGGAAACUAUCAUUGCCGGCAGUAUGAGAUCCCAAUUCCUGUACAGAAGGGGCAUAGAGUCAAGAAAUAUAUAUGGGAGUAGUACAAAAUAUUUUACUGAUGCAGUUGCUCUUGUAUUUGCAAGGGAUGAAGACAAACCUUCUGGUGAAGGGAAAAUCCAAUUCCAUUCUGCAAUAUCAAGUGGUGUUUCAGCAAUAGGACCAAGGUACAAGGCAGUUUCCGUCAAAGAAACUCAAUCUGAGACAGGUCUUACUACAUGGCUUACUGCCAGAAGAGAAGGAGAACAAGAGAUUCUUGGUGGUCAAAUGAUUAUAGAUAGCAUCGAGAGUGAGUUGGUGAACAAAACUGAACUGUUCAUUGGGGUUUCAAAACAAAGACAAUGCGUUAUUGGGUCAGAGAAUCCAAAACUGUUGAGAUCCCUGGCUUUACAUCAAGUUAAGGGAGGAGAUGGAGAGCACCUUUUUGUUAGUGGAGAUGGCAUCGUUUCUGGAGACUAUUUUCAUUUCUACCAUUCAGAUCCAAAGGCCGCAUUAUCUGCAACUAGUAAUGUCUCCAAGUAUUUCAGAAACUUGAAACUGGAUUGGAGAAGCUGCCACCUUCAUGCAGGUGAUGUUGGUAGUAAGGAAGUUGUUGGAGGUUUGGUUUUCUCUUGUUGGGGCCGUGGUGCAUCAUUCUUUGGACACAGCAAUGUGGAUAGCUCACCAUUCUUGGAUAACUUUCCAGGAAUCCCAAUGGCAGGAAUAUUUGGCUGUGGCGAAGUCGGACGUAGCUUUACAAUGUUGAACGCAGAUGAUCAUGUAGACCAAGAAGAAAAGACUUCGUGUUGCUGUCUACAUGUAUAUAGCACUGUAUAUGUGUUGGUGUCUUAUACUCCAGCACCUCUAAAGCAUUAGAGUUCGUCCAUCUUCUUCUUGAUGGAUUACCAGAAGUGCUGAUGACUCUCUCUACUAUUGGUAGGACUUGUUGUUUUUAUUUUGUUGGGGUGAAAUAUAUCUAGUACUACAGAAUUCUUACUACAUUUUCUGCUUAUAUUAUAAUAUUCGUAUGGAUCA